AUGGCGGGUGAGUUCGACUACGAAGUUUCUCGUAAACUAUGGGAAGCAGCAGUACCAGUUGAAAUCUACUUCGAACGAGAAGACGACUCAGGAGACGUAUGCCAGCCUAGCUAUGCCAUGCUUCCACGGUGUAGCUAUUUCCCUGUUCAUCUACCGAGAAUAUUGGAACAGCUGGGAGCUCGUGAACAUGGCGUAAAAUUAGAAUUAGAAAAAGUGUGGUUGGAAAGCAAUGGAGUGCCGCUGAAGAUUUACUAUCCUAUUGGGGUGCUCUUUGACUUGCAUAAAUCUCAAGACUCUCCUACACUAACAGUUACAAUAAAAACUAGCCCUCGUCCUGAAGGAAUAUCGUUCGUUUCGAGGGAUACCAUGGAGGCGAUGUUCAUGCAAUCUGUAAAGGAGGCGAACUAUUUGAAAUAUCAGAAAAAUGAGAUUGUAAGCACAAUGAAGAUGGAUGAACACAAGCAACUAUGGUCGAGUCUUGUGCAUGAUCGUUUCGACGACUUCUGGAGCGUAAAUCGACGUCUUAUGGAAUGUACUGACGAGCGACCAUUCCAUGAUAUUCCUAUAAGGUUGUAUGCUAUCGGAAAACCAUUUCGACAGAUUCUACAACCACCACUUGAUGAGAAAGGAGAGCCCCGAACUCUGAACAAUGCACUGAACGCACUCUCCUCUGAUUUGGUACAGAACGAAAAAUACCAGUUUAUUUCACACGGUGUCACCCUUCCAAUGGAAACACCUUUGACAUACUUAGGUAAGAACCUAGCUUACCCUGACAAUUUCGUACAUAUAUGCACUGUCAUUGUUUGUAAUACACACGUCUGA